UAUCUCGCCGCUCACUUGCUUGAUUUGAUCACACCACACAUCACACCAUGAUUUACCUAUUGAUUAAAGAUAUUUUGGUACUUGUGGGGUAUAUUACUAUUGCAGACUAUAGUUAUGUGAAUAUUGUUUAGAAGCUUUAUUCAUUACUACUUAGAAUUAGUUUUAUUCGUGGCUCCACAAAAAUGAGUUUGGUACCUGAGAAGAACAGCGAUUUCAGUACAACCAAGUAUUGGGACUCAUUUUUUACAAAACGAGAGGCAGCAUUUGAAUGGUAUGGUAAUUAUGAAAAUUUGAAACGUUUACUCACUAAAUAUGUCUGUUCUAAAGAUAUUAUAUUAAUGUCGGGAUGUGGAAAUUCAAAUCUAAGUGCAAAUAUGUACUGUGAUGGAUUUUCCAAUAUGACCAGUGUUGAUAAUAGUGAAGUUGUUAUAGCGAAUAUGAGUAAAAAACAUACAAAAAAAUAUCCUGGUUUAGUAUACGAAAUUAAAGAUAUUUUGAAUACUGAAUAUCCAAAUGAAAGGUUCAGUGUUGUUAUUGACAAAGGAACAUUGGAUGCAUUGAUGCCAGAUGGCGAAGUGGAAUCGCUUACACGUGCAAUGUCAAUGUUCAAUGAAAUCAAACGAAUAUUGAAAUUUGGUGGACGUUAUAUUUGUAUAUCUCUUCUUCAGUAUCAUAUUGCCAAAUUUUUAUUUACCUAUUUUAGUGAAAACGGUUGGAUUAUUCGUGUGUGUCAAUGCACAGAAGUUGAAGAUUCUGCAGAUUUUAAUGGCCAACCAGUAUUUAUGGUUGUCUGCACUAAAGUUAAUAAAAUACCAGGAGCCAAACCAGUUAUUGAAUGGAACCCAGAUGGACUUACAAAUGAAAGAUUAGAUUCCAUAUCUGAUCUAUUAGAAAUAAUAAUUGGUACUCAGAAAUCUGUUUCAAUGUGUUUUGAUCUCACCAAAUGUCAAAUGGAAGAUAUGUCAAAUAGUUAUCGAUUUGAAAUUAACUGUACUCAAACAAAAACUCCUCGAUAUACAAUUAUGAUAGUGGAAUCUCCUUCACAAAGAAAUCCAAAUAAAAUGACCUUUGCUGCAUUCAUUGUUCCUCAUGGUCGAGAACAUGAAUGGUUAUUUAACAGUGAAGAAGGACAAGAUAUAUUACGACGAAAUUGUAAUGUUGAUCGUUUAGCUAUUAUUAGUAUGCAUAGAGGGCAGGUUUACAAGAGUUUAAAACAAGUACAACAGGAACUGUCAAGACUUAUGUUAAAAAUUGCCCCACAAGGUGUAUUGAAACGUGGAGAAACUAUCUUAUUUUUAUCAUUAGAACAACAACUCGGAGAAAGAAAGAUCAUUAUGGAAAGUAAGAGUGAACACUCUGGUAACUUUGUAAUAGAAGAAGUAGAAGGACAAAAAGGUGAAACUUUUAGGCGAUUAGUGUUCCUUAACAUGCCUCACAUUAUACAAUCAGAAGCAAAAUUAUUGAAAGAAAAUGAUGAUAUCAAAAUAGACUAUUCCCAUUUUCUCAGUGACUACAUACCAUAUUUAGGUCUUGGUAUCGGUAUUAAAGCAAACCAGUCAAUUGAAGAACCUAGAAUUCUUCUAAUUGGUUUGGGUGGAGGUGUACUUACUAAUUUAUUGAUAAAUGCUUAUAAAAAUGUACGUAUUGUUGCUUUAGAAAUAGAUUUAGUUGUAUACAAAAUAGCCAAAGAAGCGUUUGGAUUAAUUGAAGACAGUCGAUUAGAAGUAAAAAUUUGUGAUGGUCUCGAGUAUCUAUCCAAUGCUGUCAAAAAUGGUGAUAAGUAUGAUGCUGUGGUAUAUGAUGUAGAUGUUAAAGAUCCAACCUUGGGCUUAAGUGGGCCACCUAAAGCUUUCCUGAUACAAGAUGUAUUGAAUAAUGUAAAAUGUUUAAUUGGAGAACAAGGAUUGUUUUUAUUAAACUUUGUUUGCCGUGCAUCAGAUGUCAAAAACGAAAUAUUAAAUGUUUUAAAGGCUAAUUUCAAACAACUAACAUCAUUAAAAAUUACUGAAGACAUCAAUAGAGUGUUGUUAGCCAGAAAUAAUAAUGAAGAAUUCAGUGAAGAACUCUUGAAGCAAACAGCUGUAUACAUGAACCAAUGUACUACGAGCAGUCCACUUAUUGGUUGUGAUGUAAUUGAUAUUUCUACAUUAAAGGAAAAUAUUGAAGAUAUAUAAUAAACUAUACAUUUGUUAUUAUUUUAUGAAUAUUGCAUAUUUAAACUCAUAU